GCGGCCCUGGCUCCCGAUUGGCCCGCGCCAGGGAUAACGUGCCCUGCGCGGGAACCGGCGGGAGCCUGCAAGGCGGCGGCGGCGCAGAGUGCUCGGUUUGCCAUCUCCCUGAAGGUGCCAUGAGCUGCAUCAACCUGCCCAACGUGUUGCCAGGCUCCCCCAGCAAGACCCGGGGGCAGAUCCAGGUGAUUCUCGGACCCAUGUUCUCAGGAAAAAGUACUGAGCUGAUGAGACGGGUCCGUCGCUUCCAGAUUGCCCAGUACAAGUGCCUGGUGAUCAAAUAUGCCAAAGACACGCGUUACAGCAGCCUCUUCUCCACACAUGACCGGAACACCAUGGAGGCCCUGCCAGCCUGUCUGCUCCGGGACGUGAUCCAGGAUGCCCAGGGCGUGGCUGUCAUAGGCAUCGACGAAGGGCAGUUUUUCCCUGACAUCGUGGAGUUCUGCGAAAACAUGGCCAACUCGGGGAAGACCGUCAUCGUGGCUGCACUGGAUGGGACCUUCCAGAGGAAGGCUUUUGGGACCAUCUUGAACCUGGUGCCCCUGGCGGAGAGCGUGGUCAAGCUGACGGCGGUGUGCAUGGAGUGCUUCCGAGAGGCCGCCUACACCAAGAGGCUGGGCGUGGAGAAGGAGGUCGAGGUCAUCGGAGGAGCGGACAAGUACCACUCCGUGUGCCGCCUGUGCUAUUUCAAGAAGGCCUCAGGUCAGCCCGCCAUGCUAGACAGCGAAGAGAAUAAGGAGAACUGCCCGAUGACGCUGGUAAAGCCCGCGGAGGCCCCAGGAGCCCGGAAGCUGUUUGCCCCUCAUAUCCUGCAGUGCAGUCAGGCCAAUUGAGGCACUGGCCCCUCCCCGGGGCGGGCACUCACCGGCCACCUGCUCCCCCUGCCCGCGGUCGCCCCCUGGCGGACGCCCGCGCGCUGCCCGACCUUCUUGGAGGAGGAAGUUGAGGGUGGGGUGGUGUUGGGGGGAUGGAGGUUUCACCAGCCAUCGGCUGGCUGCUGCGCCCUUUCCCAGGCCAAGGCAGCGGCUGGUGGUCUGCACUGCACACUUCCCUCCUUGCCUGCCCACUGGCUUUUCUCAGUUCCCAUCCCGGCUGCGGGGCCAUCGCAGUCUCCCCAGGCCGGAGCUGGCCGCCCUGCGAGGCGGGGUCUGGCCGCUGCAGCCGUCCCUCUUGGGGUGAGGCCAAGCCGCAAGCUGCUGUGACAUCGGCGUCGCCGGCUUCUUCCCCCUUUGUGGCAUUUGCUGUUGAGUUUCUGUUCUCACAGGGCAGUCCAUACCCCAGCUCCUCUGGCUCAGCAUGGGCCUCCUCCCACGCAAAGACUUGGUCCCUCAGCCUGGGACCGGCUCCCGGCUGACCCUGGGGAUGGCUGGACUUGUUCUUAUUUCCUUUUGGGCUGAAAGCCCUUCCUGAUCUGGCGAUCAUUUUCUCCGGAAUUACAGCUUCUUCCACAUGGGUGACACUUACCCUACUCUGGGGCUCAGCUCCCAUGGGCUUGUCUUCUAAGGAGGUGGGGGCUGUGUGUGUGUAUGGAACUGAUAACUAAUAUUAAAAUUUAUUGGUUGGUAAAAGCA